AUGUUGAACAUUCUAAGGAAUACCUUGAGGCUUUCUAUAAACAAUCUAGUUCGACCUUUUAAUACAACAGCACCUAUAGCUACUGAAAAAUUUGACCAUAAAAGAAUUCCCGCAGACGACGAAGGAGUGCAGGGAGAGAAGAUUAUUGAUAUAGAUUCAGUUUUACAGACAAAACAAAACUUAUUCCCUACAGCUGAUUCUGAUAAUCUUCUUUUCGAUGGGGUACCGUACAAAGAUCUGGCAAUAUGUAACAUCAGAGUGAGUCACAAUAACACCAUCUUCACAAUUACUGAUGCUGAAGGGAAAGUUAAGCUUUUAAGAUCCUGUGGUAUCGAAGGUUUUAAGAACACUAAGAAAGGGACCAACAUUGCUGCUCAGACGACUGCUAUUAAUAUAGCCAGUAAAGCGAUUGAAAAGGGGUUUAGAACAAUGAGAGUUCGAGUGAGAGGCCUCGGACCCGGAAGAUUGUCAGCGGUUAAAGGAUUACAGAUGGGAGGUCUGCAAAUAGUUUCUGUGACAGACAAUACAAGAGUAUCGUGGAAUCCACCGCGACCAAGGAAGGCUAAACGAUUGUAG